CUUCUUGCUCCACCUAGGGUUUUGCUUCAGCUUCAUCACACAGCUUUGCAGAGCUCUGUGACUCGUAACUUUGGUUUAUCAAAGGGAAAGGAAGAAGGGUUUUAUAUCUCUACCUCUCUCUCUCUCUCUCUGGAAAGAUGGCAUCAUCAAGUUGUUACAACUCUCCAUGUGCUGCUUGCAAGUUCUUGAGAAGAAAAUGCAUGCCAGAUUGCAUUUUUGCUCCUUAUUUCCCACCAGAAGAGCCUCAAAAGUUUGCCAAUGUCCACAAGAUCUUUGGGGCAAGCAAUGUCACAAAGCUGCUCAAUGAGCUUCUGCCUCACCAAAGAGAGGAUGCAGUGAACUCUCUUGCCUACGAGGCCGAGGCUCGAGUCCGAGACCCGGUCUACGGUUGCAUUGGAGCCAUCUCCUUCCUCCAAAGGCAAAUCCAUAGGCUCCAAAAGGAACUCGACGCUGCGAAUGUUGACCUAAUUCGGUAUGCAUACAACGAGAUCCCUGAUGGUGGAGCGAGUCAUGUGGUUCAGCCAAUCCCCGCCCUACGCCCGAGGGCUUUGGAUCAGUAUCAUACAAGAAUUCUUGGGAAUGAAGGGUCAUCAAGUGGAUAUUAUAAUCAACAUCCUCCUGCUUUCCCUAUGGGCUAUCCACUUCCUUGGAAUGAAAACUCUUCUGGAAAUAACAUCAAUGAAGGGGGAAGGGAUGACAAUAUUUGAAGAUAGCUUUUCCAAAACCUCUCAACCCUUUUAGGGUUGAGUGAAAAACUUCUCUCUUCUCUCGCAAGUCACUUCCUCAUAUAUAUAUAUAAUAUAUAUAUAUAUAUAUAUAUAUGUGAUGGGUUUUUCUAGCUAGAUGAUUUGGUUUCUAAAAUCCCAAAAUUUGUCCAUUUAAAAUCCUAAGCAAUUUCGUAUGAGUUUAUGUUUUAAAUUAUGAGGGCGUAAAUAAGGUUGCUUUGCAUGAAGCUAGCAACAUUAAUGUUUAUUAUCGUGUGAGGUUCAUUUUCAAGAGAGCUCUUUUAGCUUAUUAUUGUAUCAAUAAUUUUGUAUUGCCAUUG